GCAGGGUCAAAUUGGUCGGGUUCGAUGGCUGAUGAUGGCGUAGUACCAUUCGUCGUAGGUGAUUUUAUUUUUAUUUCUAGGUAGGUACUUAGGUAGGAGAAAGGAGUCUAAGCCGGGGUUGAUGUCACCGAGUGGUCUCACAUUUUCUUGAGCUCUCUUCCAAGCUUAAGACUUAUUCUUCCAACAUCUCUUUUUUUCCCCUCCAUUCUGACAUCUUUGAAGCUCUCGUGAUUUUGUCUAUUAGUAUUACAUCAAUAGAGAUAGCAUAUACGAAGCUGGUCUUGAUUGCUAUCUAUAUACUGUUUCUAAUACCCGUCCCUUUAAAUUGUACCUAUUGUCCGAAUUGUCGUAAAGACGCAGUUGCCGUCGAGAUGGCGGUUCGGCCCGGUGAAGAAAACGUUGCGACCCUCUUCGGAGACGUCCAUUAUUUCUAUAGCCCACCCGAGGCGAAGCCACCGCAUCAUCGCUUCGAUAAGGGAUCUUACGUGUAUUUGUUCGAAAAUGCGAAUGACCGGAGAGCGCGUGUCGAGAUCGCGAAUCAACCAGGCACGGAUGACCAGGACGCCUUCGAUGGAUUUCUAGACAGGACGCGUGUGCGGUAUUCUUAUAAGCAACAAUGCCUCGUAAAUAUCUUAGUCGAAGGUGUAGCCGGUCCGCCGAUAGACCAAAGUCAAUGGCAUCUUCCGACCUACGAUCCUCGAAAUGAGAACAAGUACCACUACAAACUUCACUCGCUCGAUAUCUACUUCUGGACUCAGGCCGACGCCUUACAGUUCGUCAACGGCGUGCGACGAGUCCUACCUGCAUCUCAAGUAGAAGUCGCAGAUGAACCAGGCCCGCCGCCACUUCAAUACAACCAAUCUCAAGACACGAAUCCCCUAGUACAGAAGCUAGAAAAUGUCGCCAUCUCGGAUCCGAAGUACUCAAGUCCUAAGCCCGCGCCACAGGGAGUACCUACCUUCGCACCACCUCCAACCUCGGCAGCAACAGUCGAUAGUAAAGGAAGCUCGAGCUCUCCCCAGAGCUUUGCGCCGAUGGCUUACAACCCAGCUGCGCCAGCUGCUGCAGAACAGAGAAUACACCGAGAGAAAACUCCUCCUCCACCGGAAGACGAACACGACCCCCUCGCCGCGGCCGUCGCUCGCGACCAAGCUCCGCCGUAUACUCCUGGUUACGGAGCUACUAAUUUCUCGGCUCCGCCAGGCAGCCAUGGUCUUCCCGGCCCUCCACCGCAGACUCACCCAGGUCUCGUGAGUCCCGGUCUGGUUAGCCCGGGUCUACCAACUCCCGGCAUCGUGAGCCCAGGCUUUCCGCCGUCGCAGUUCGGACAUCUUCAGCGCUCGUCCACGGUGCCCGUAUCCGGGAUGGCAUCGCCGGGACUUGUGAGCCCGUACGGCGCAAAUUUCCCCGGAUCACCCGGGUUCGCGCCUCCUCCGGUCCAACCUGCGCAGCAUCAUCCAACACCACCUCCCGUGCAGAGCCCCGGCUUGCCCCCGCCGCCUCCGGGGGGGUAUGCUCAGUUCAAUUAUACCACCAGCCAGCCAGCACCUGGGGCCGUAGACUACGGUAUCCAUCAACAAGUAUACCGGCCGACGGAGCAGGAGCACGCUUCUAAGUACGGCUUGUACAAGCCUAAGCCAGAGGGCCACAGCAAACUGGGCCAGAAUGUAGAGCGAGUAGAGAAGGGUGUUACGGGAAUGCUGAAGAAAUUUGAGAAGAGGUUUGGUUGAGUACUUACUUCACUUACACUUGUAUUUGAAAAAUACCAAUUUGAAUGUCGAAUAUCAUCUUGUAAAACCCAUGCUGGCUGAUGAAUUGUGCAUGCGGGUGCGAGUAAUUGAAUCAAGGCUAAAUUUCUCGGUGUGCGGAAUAAGUAGCAUCCCUCUAGCGCUUCCCUUUAGGAUCUGAGGAUAGACGCAUCUAGGCCUUCGUCGGCACGGGAUGUUGCUGACCAUGCAGCGUGACUUGCGCGUUACGGCAACGCUAAACGAGAGGGCUACCCUACAUAUCUGCUCAAGAUACCAAAAUAAAACCAGAGGCUUGAAUA